AAAAAACAGAUCAACACGAGUUCCAUGGCAAUGGCAGAAUCCGAUCAUAAACCCCAUGCCGUACUCAUCCCUUAUCCAGCCCAAAGCCACAUCAAAGCAAUGCUAAAACUAGCAAAGCUUCUCCAUCAGAGAGGUUUUCACAUAACCUUUGUAAACACAGAGUUCAACCACAAUCGAUUUCUCAAAUCUCUUGGUCCAAACUCUUGUGACGGCUUGCCUGAUUUUCACUUCGAAACCAUUCCCGAUGGCCUCCCGCCUUCCGAUGAAGAUGCAACCCAAGACAUCCCAUCUCUUUGCGACUCCAUUACCAAUAACUUAAUGUUGCCUCCAUUUCUUGAUCUCCUUAAAAAACCCAUCAAAAACACUAGCAGUACUAAUAUUCCUCCAGUUACUUGCAUUAUUUGCGACGGGUUCAUGAGUUUCGGCGUUGAAGCAGGUGGACAACUUGGUAUUCCCGUUGUGGUUUUCUUUUCUAUUGCUGCAUGUGCUGUAAUGGGAUUCAGACAAUAUCCUGCUUUGAUGGAAAAAGGACUUGCCCCUCUAAAAGAUGAGCAGGGCAGUCUAACAACAAGUGGGUUUCUAGACAUGGUUAUAGAUUGGAUACCUGGUAUGAAAGAUAUACGUUUAAAAGAUCUCCCAACACUUUUCCGAAUCGCAAAUCCAUCAGACCUCAUCGUGUUUAAAUUCGUAAUAGAAUCAGUUCAAAGAGCUAAUGAUGCUUCGGCAGUUGUUAUACACACUUUCCAUGCAUUGGAGCAACAUGUUGUGGAUGCUCUCUCAUCCUCUAUGACUCCACAAAUUUACACAAUCGGUCCUCUGCAACUCCUUCUCAAUAACAUACCACAAGUCUCUUCCGAGAAUAUCCGAUACAGUCUUUGGAAAGAAGAAACCCAAUGCCUCCAAUGGCUCGAUUCCAAGCCGCCAAACUCGGUUGUGUACGUGAAUUUCGGGAGCAUAACGGUGAUGACUCCGCAACAAAUGGUGGAAUUUGGCAUGGGACUUGCGAAAAGCAAGCACUCGUUCUUGUGGGUGAUUAGGCCUGAUUUGGUUAUCGGUAAGUCGGCCGUUUUGCCACCGGAAUUCGAAGACGAAGUAAAAGAAAGGGGUUUGAUAGCAACAUGGUGCUCACAAGAACAAGUGCUUAAUCAUCCAUCUGUUGGAGGGUUUUUGACACAUUGUGGUUGGAAUUCAACUAUUGAGAGUUUAUCUGCUGGAGUUCCAAUGCUUUGUUGGCCAUUUUUCGCCGAGCAGCAAACCAAUUGUAGAUAUGUUUGCAAGGAAUGGGAAGUGGGAAUGGAGAUUGAUAACAAUGUGAAGAGAGAUGAGAUUGAAAAGCUUGUUAGAGAGUUAAUGGAGGGAGUGAAAGGUAAGCAAAUGAAAGCAAAGGCCAAGGAGUGGAAGAAACUGGCUGAACAGGCUGCUGCUGAUCCACUUGGUUCUUCUUCCACAAACUUUGAUAAUUUGGUGAAUCAUCUACUUUCAAGAAAAUAGAAGAUGUAACAGAAAGUAUUUUUUUUUUUUUUUUUGUUUUUUUUUGGUGUGUGUUUAAAGAUUAUUGUGAUUGUUGAUAAAUAGUUCAUUUCAUUUUCCAUUUCUGCUACAUGUAUCUUUUGAUGUGUUAGAAUGUAAAAUUUAAAGAUUAAUAUUUU